UGCAGCACUUUCAGGAAAUGGUCUGAGGUUACAUUAAAUCCCAUUUAAUAAAUGCUAGUGGCAUCCAACAGUGUGACUGAGUUAGUUGUGGGCUGGGCAGUUGCUUACUAGUUAGGAGAAGGAGGGUCUUCUUGGAGAAAUAGGAGCUCUUUGGUCAUGUAUUGUUCAGAGGAGUAGUAGUAGGGGCUGUGUGUGUCUGUGCUGGAAGCUGGGAGAAUUUGAGAGCUAAUAAAGUUGCAGGAUGCUAGAGAAGCGGCUCUUCCCACAGUCCCCUGGCAUGGAGGAAUGACGUGUGGUCCCUGAAAAGCUGAAGUUUGGCAGCACUUUGCUAAUCUAAUGGUACAUCAUGGAGCUGAAAGUAUGGGUAGAUGGGGUCCAGAGAAUCGUCUGUGGAGUAACUGAAGCCACAACCUGCCAGGAGGUGGUGAUUGCUCUUGCUCAGGCUAUUGGUCGGACUGGAAGGUACACUCUGAUAGAGAAAUGGAGGGACACAGAGAGACACUUGGCCCCAUAUGAGAACCCUGUUGUCUCCCUGAAUAAAUGGGGACAGUACGCCAGCGACGUGCAGCUAAUCCUGAAGCGAACUGGACCUUCCUUGAGUGAGAGGCCAACCUCUGACAGCAUGGCACGCAUACCGGAGAGGACUUUGUACAGGCAGAGCCUCCCACCCUUAGCCAAGCUCAGGCCUCAGAACGACAAGUCACUCAAAAGGAAGGAGCCCAAACGGAAAUCAUUAACUUUUACUGGAGGUGCCAAAGGACUGAUGGACAUAUUUGGAAAGAGCAGAGACACGGAGACGAAGCAGAAAGUGUUGAACAAUAACUCCUCCAAGGCCGGCACCGAGGAGCUGAGCAAGCUGAUUCAUCUCCAGAAGGAGAAGCUGCAGGCCCUGGAGAGACAACUGGAGAGCUACGAGGUGGAGCUGUGUUUCUGGGCAGAGAGGAAUAACAAUGGGCUAGAACAAGAGAUCAUAAGGUUGGAGAAGAAGGUGAAGAAGAACGAGGUGCAGAUCGUGGAAGAGGAGUUCUGGCAGAACGAGCUGCAGAUAGAGCAGGAAAAUGAGAAGCAGCUGAAGGAACAGCUGCAAGAGUUGAAACAGAAGAUCCAGGAGUGUGAGGACAAGCUUCGGGAGUACAUGGCCAAGAUCCAGAGCAUUGAGGCGGGCAUCGAGGCCGAGAAGCUCCAGCAGGAAAUACAGGUGACUCAGCAGGUCAAUAAGGAGGAAGUAAAGGCCAAGAUCCUCAAAGUCAAAGGAGAGCUUCAUAUCCAGGGCCAGAACACUGCCAGGCUGGAAAACGGCUGCAGGGCUGUUGAGAGGUCUUUGUGUCAGGCUGCCAAAAGAUUGCAGGAGAAAGAACAGGAACUGGAACAGCUCACCAAGGAGCUGAGGCAAGUGAACCUACAGCAGUUCAUCCAGCAGACAGGAACCAAGGUGACAGUGCUGCCAGCAGAGUCCAAUGAGGAAGAGCCUGCCCCGCUGGAGAAUGAGUCAACAGCCCAGACCAACUCCCUGAAAUGCCAGAGCUCAUCUCGACAACUACCCAGUAAUCUGCGGAUUCUACAGAACCCACUUUCCUCUGGUUUCAACCCUGAGGGCAUCUAUGUAUAAUUAAUGUGUACCUCCAAUUGGAACUUUAACGAGAAGAUUCCAAGGCACCACACCACUUUCUUCCAUUUGCUGCAUGACUUUGCUCUGAAGUAGAAGCCAAAGUAUUACUGUGUAUCGCGGAAGUCUGUACCAGUUGAGCCGUAACCCGUUGCACUGAAGCUAGAGAAAAACUAAGCAUCUCUCCCUGGAGUUCUAAGUAAUAUACAGUGCUGACAAGCUUCCCAAGGGACAAAGCAGUGUUAGCCUACUGGUGGUGCAACCAAAACAUGCAGUAAUGGAAUACAAUUGAUUUGUACAGGAAGCAGAAAAUACAGCAGAGUACCUAUUUUUCCUGUUUGUUUUGUGUUGAGCAUGGCAAUUACAUGUCAAUUAAUGAAGGAGUGUUUCAAACAAUUAAAUAGCUGAUGUUUGCUCAGUAGUGGAAUGGGGGAGUUGGGGGGCUGAUUCUGCUGCAGUUGAAACUUAAAUUAAUUUUAACCAAAUCUGAUGACACUGUGGCCCAUAAGUACCAAAGGUUUGAAAGUUGGGUUAUGGACAGGAAAAGGCGUUUUGAAGCUGCCUGAUUUAUGUUGAACUAAAAAGCCUUAUGUAGUGAUUGUGUGCGUUCUUUUUUUUGUUUGUUUGUUUUGUUUUUUUUAUAAAAAGCUUGGCCUGCUGUAAAUUUACUUUGUGACGUUUUUUUAAAAAAAGAAAAAACAACAAAAAAAAACAAAAACAUUUUAAUAAGUGCUCAGACAAAGUGUGUAAAUAGGUACAGUAUUAAUUGUUUUCAACUGCUACAUCUACAGGGUGUAUUUUUGGCCUGUACGAAAACAUGAAAUUGAUUUAAAUUAGUUCGCAAUAACCAGGAAGAGUGCUGCAGAUUGCUGGGCAAACAUUUCUGGUGUAAACUAAAUUUACAAGUUGUUUGCCUGAGCCAUCAGAUAUCCAGCCAUUGUUAUAAGGAGGAAGGGUCAUUUGCCAUACCCUUAUGAAAAUGAAUGUGAUCACAGUUAAUGGUGGCUGAAAUUUGUAGAAAUAAAAUGGCCUCAAGAAUGGAGUGUUCUCAUGUCAGUAGCUUUCAUGUAAAGUAUAGUAGGAGCUUAAAGAAUAAUAGAUGUGAACAACUAUAACAUGGAUAAGCAGGCCUGCCCAUUCAAAUAACUCAACAUUGAAGCUGUAGUAUAUCGAUCAACAGAUGCCAGGCUAAUUUAAUAUAUAUCUCACCUUGAUUGUCCGGGGUAAGAGUUAUCUGCCUCCUUUGAUUCACUGUAUUAGAAUACAAUUUUAGAACAGGAUAAUUCUGUUUGCAAAAACAAAAUCUUAAUUUGAACACCAAUGUUAAGUCUUGAUACUUGACACAAAAUUAUAUACUGUAUAUGCUAAAGGUACUUUAAGCGAUAAACAAGCUUGCUAGUAGAAGACAUUUAAUUUUUUUUUCCUACAAGCCCAAGAUAUUGGCUGCAGAACGUGCCAGCCAAAUAUUAAUUAAAUAAAAAUCAAAAUAAGCAGAAAGUCUUUGGAAUUAACGUUCUUUCCCAGAACUACAUAGUUUUUUUUUUUUUUUUUUUUUUUUUUUAUUAAGCUACCGACACUGACAGAAAAGGUAAUGUGAUAAUGGAAGUUUGAAAACCUACAAUUCCUGGAAGUUCUUUAAAACAGCUCAUAAGAGAUGACUUCAGAUAACUUGAAUGUUCUGCAGUUUGUUUAUGGGACCAUGCAUUGUGAUGCAUUUUAUAAGCAGGAAGGGAACAGUGGUUCAAAAAUUACUUUUCCACUAAGUUCCCAGCUUUGAAAUUGUUUCACUAAUGAGGAAUAUGUAAUGUAUGUAGAAAGAUUUGUGUGUGCG